AUGUCGACGGUGACGGACGCGGUGAUCAAGGGCGCCGUGGGCGGUGCCGGCUUCCUCGCCAGCGCCUACACGCUCACCAAGUUCAUCGUGGCCACGCCAGUGAAAAUCGCGCCGCGUGGGGAUGCCGAGCACGACCUGGACGUGGUGCUGUGCUUCGACACGAAGAAGUUCUCGCCGGAGGCGGUGGACUUCUUCGUGCAGAUGGUGCAGAAGCAGAGCCACCUGACCAUCGUCCCCAAGUUGAAGAACGUGCUGGAGGAGCACGACGCCGCGGAGGACAAGAAGCGACCCGAAGAGACGUACUACCUGCUGGGUGCCACGCACGCUACGCUGGUGGCGAUCAAGCAGAAGAAGGAGCGUGCGCUGCACGGCGACGUGAGCGAAGACCCUGUGCCCGAGCGCUUCUGCUCGGGGGACAGGAUCGAUCUUCUGCUGUUCGAGCUGGGACGCUUGAAAGUGCACCCCGCCUUCUACCGACCUACUGGCGGCCAUACCAUUGAGAAGGCAGAGGACAGCGUGGCUGUGCUGCCUGACCCGUUCCAAGAUGAGGAACACGGACUGCUCCUGCAACAGGCGAUGCACACGCAGCUCUUGACGGACCAUUUCCCACUGCAUGAUGACGAGGAGCGCAGCGAGCUGGUGGAGACUUGGGUGAAGGAGUGGACGAAGCCGCAACCGCUUAACACUGUGCGUUCGUACUUCGGAGAUGAAGUUGGCUUCUACUUUGGAUUUCUCGGAAUGUACACGCAGUGGCUCAUUCCGCUGGCAGCGAUCGGCGUGUUGACGUUCAUUCUCGAUUUCUUCCCUAGUUGGGCCGCGUAUGGCCGUGGAUUGUACUCGCUGCUGGUGACGAGUUGGGCCACAGCAUUUUUGAAGUUUUGGAAACGCCGCGAGAGCACGCUGCGCAAUGAAUGGGGUAUAUCUACCUCGGAUUCGCUGGUGUUGGAGCCUACACGCACCGAUUUCUUCGGCGAAAAACGGUUUGACCCUGUGGAGGGAUGCUAUUACACAUUCUUCUCGUUCAAGGACCGCGCAAAACGCUAUCUGGUUACUUUUUCGGUGACGAUGGCUGCCAUGGCGGUCGUGACGUUCAUGAUGAUCGUGUAUUGCUGGAUGGAAGAAUGGUUUGCUAUCGCGUUUACACCAGCCACGGGAUGGGAUGGAUUCUACGAGUAUGUGUCGCUCGUGCCCUCCAUCAUCUACUCGAUCGUGGUGCUGUACGUGGAUGCAAAGUACUCCGAGCUUGCAUCCUCGCUGACGCAAUACGAGAACCACCGCACAGAGAGUGAUUUUGCUAACGCCCGCGUGCUGAAACUGGCGCUGUUUUACUUCGUCAACAACUUCGGGUUCCUCUUCUACGUGGCGUUCAAGACUCGCGAUAUGGUUCUGCUGGAGCAAACAUUGAGCUCGUUGCUGAUCACGCGCCAGCUUUUGGGCAAUAUGCAGGAACAGCUGAUGCCCUACAUGAGCAAACGGUCUUCACUGAAGGCAGAAGCUGGAAAGUUGGCUAAGGAAGCGAAGAAUACUGACGCUAUUGUCAGCAAGAUAGAUGCGGAGCUACUGUUCCCAACAUACGACGGAACCUUCGACGACUACUUGGAGAUGUUUGUGCAGUUCGGCCAAGUAACCUUGUUUGCUUCGGCAUACCCUCUUGCCUCGCUGUGGAGCCUCUGCAACAACAUUAUGGAGAUCCGCAGCGACGGCUUCAAGCUUUGUGUGAGUUUCCGUCGAAGCCACCGCACCUCAACCCACGGCAUUGGCACCUGGUACUAUGCCUUCAGUGCGUUGGGCUACCUGUCGGUGAUGACGAACUGCGCGAUUUUCGGGCUGCACUCGGGAUUCCUGAACAGACUGUUCCCCAAGAUGUCGUUCGCUGGAUCUCUGGUCGCGAUAGCCCUCAUGGAGCACGCCAUGAUCGCCGUGAAGGUGUGCGUGGAGAUGUUCGUCCCAGACACCACGGCCGCGGUCGUGGAAGCGCAUCGCAUGAAGCGCGCUUGGCUCCGCAAGAAGGCCUCGCUUCAGGUGGAGCUGUCGUCGCGCCAGUUGCUGCAGCAGCGACCGUCGGAGGACGGCGAUCAGCCGCCGCUAAGCAGCGACUCAGCUCCACCGCGCUCACAGGAGGCAAUUGCUGCCGAGGACGUGAAUGAGUGGCUUAGUCGCGAGAAGGAGCGUCGAGUGAAGCUCGAGCGCGAGUUGAAGAGCUUGAACGAUUUGUACAUGGGCUGGAUCCGCGAGGAGCAGACCAAGCGGAAGAAGACGGAGCACAAGCUCGCGGCGCUCAUGGAGCGCAUCAAGGACCCGCUGCAUGCCGUCCACGCGGCCAAGGACAGCUGA